UUUUCAUUGAACAACUUAUUUUUUUCAAUAUCAAAAUGAGCCUGUUUUCAUACUCCAAAAAAUCGCAUAAUGAAAUUCAGUUUCGAAUUUUAUAUUUGAUCAAUGAAUGAGAUUAGAUACUCACACAAUAUAUUCGACUGUACGGAAUACUCAAAGUGAGUUUGGUGAAAGACGCCGGUUUGCUCCGAUCUAAAAAAAACUUCAUCUGGGGUAACGAGCGAAAACAGCGCACCAAUCAAUUCGCUCAUUUUAUCGACUUACAAGAUUCAAAAGUCAACCACCACAUCAUCAUACGUUAAACCGUUAAGAGGCGCAUCGCCAAUUUCAGAAUCUUUAGAUAUAAUUCUAAGGAACUGAAAUUUGCGCAAAAGGAAAGAAAGAGAUAUAUAGAAAAAAAAAAGAGAGAAGCAAGCAAAUAUGGCUUCCAACAACGUCCUCACAGAAGUGACUCUGACGUCACUCCCCAAGCUCGCCACGGGCAAGGUCCGCGACCUGUACAGCGUCGACGACCAGACGCUGCUGUUCGUCACGACGGACCGCAUCUCGGCGUACGACGUGGUCAUGAAGAACGGCGUGCCGAACAAGGGCGCCCUUCUGACCCUGCAGUCCGUCCACUGGUUCAACGUGCUGUCGGACAAGGUCCCCGGGCUCAAGACGCACUUCCUGAGCACGGCCGUCCCCGCCCCCGUCUCCGCCGCCGAAGCCCAGGUCAUCCGCAACCGCAGCAUGCAGGUCCGCAAGCUCAAGGUGUUCCCCGUCGAGGCCAUCGUGCGCGGGUACAUCACGGGCAGCGCGUGGAAGGAGUACAAGGCCCGCGGCACCGUGCACGGGACCCCGCUGCCCCCCGGCCUGCGCGAGUGCGACGCCAUCCCCGGCGGGCCCAUCUACACGCCGAGCACGAAGGCGCCGCUGGGCCAGCACGACGAGAACAUCUCGCGGGAGCAGGCGGCCGCGAUUGUCGGGGACAAGUACGCCGCGCGCAUCGAGGACCUGGCGCUGCGGAUCUUCCGCGCGGGCCAGGAGUACGCGGCGGAGCGCGGCAUCAUCAUCGCCGACACCAAGUUCGAGUUCGGGCUCGACGAGGCCGCGGACGAGGUCGUGCUCGUCGACGAGGUGCUCACCUCGGACUCCUCCCGCAUGUGGCCCAAGGACAAGUACGAGCCCGGACGCGACCAGGAGAGCUUCGAUAAGCAGUUCCUCAGGAACUGGCUGACGGAGAACGGGCUUAAGGGGAAGGAAGACGUGGAGGUCCCCGAGGACGUGAUUAGGGCUACGGCAGAGAGGUACGGCGAGGUAUUCAGGAGGUUAACGGGGAAGACGCUGGAGGAGGCUCUGCAGGGCUAGGGAGGCGUGACAGGCUAAGGAAUAAGCGUAAGAGAUUCUUCUCAGGUAGACAUCUAGGUAGACAGUGAGCUGAGCUAGACGGGUGCAUUGUCUGCAUCGAGGUCAAAUCAAAUUCAAAAAAAAAAAAAAAAUAGCCAUGAGAAA